GUAAUUAUUAUUUUAUUUAAAUGAGUUUGUGGAAUGUUUUCUCAUUCUUGUGUUCUAAAUUAAGUUUUGAUAAUCAACAUAGCUCUCAGGAUUUAUACUUGAUUUAUAUAUAAUACUAUUAAUUUGUGUUCAAGUAUUUUAAUGUGAAUUUGAAAUUCAAUGUGAACUGCAAACAUUUGCAAUGAGUGCUAGAUUUGUGUAUAUAAAUGUCUUGAGCAAUAAAUUGUGACAUCAAUGUGCUUCUACUUAAGUUAUGCAUCACUAGCAUACAUUGGCUGCCGGAGUAAACGGUUACAUACAACCUUUUCAAGCUGGCCUCGGCAUCCAGGCUGGACGGAAUUAUGAGUGACCCGGAAGAGAUCACAAUAAUUGUGCACAGUGCAAAGAACCUGCAGGGUAAAAAGGCAGGCCGUAACAAGUUCUCUGUGAUAUUCGGGCUUGGCGGAACCAAGUUCCGUACACAGAUUGUGAAAGAGCCCACGGGUAACCCAGACUGGAAUGAGGAAACUGUUGUGAAUGUGUCCAACAUUCUUGACCAGGUGUUCUUCAUAGUUACGGAGAAAGAUGACAUUCUUGGUCAGAUCCUUAUACCGGUCACCUCCCUGCGUGCCAUCAAAGGCCAGGCUAAACGGGCCCCUUUACAGCCCCACAAGAAGUGCCCUAAGCCCACAGGAGAGAUCAUAUACCAGUGCUAUGUAUCCAAGUUUGGAGCCCAGGGGGACCAUGUGCCCAUCAUCAAAGCAGUUGGCUCCCAGGGACCAGAAGAAGUUCGACCCAGGUCGGCAUUUCAACGAUUGAAAAAACGUAUGGCUUCUCCCAGUACUCAGAGGAGAAAUAAGAAAGAUGAUAGUCCAGGGGGUAAAAGCCAAAAGUCAGGUUUAGCUGGUUUUAACAAGAAGUUUUCAAGGUCUAUACAAGACCUGUUCUCAUUUAACAAAUUCAGUGCCAGUGAUUCAAUUGACAUUGAUGACAAUGUGUCCGUAACUAGUUCUCAAAAAAGUAACACAAUGAAAUCAAAAUAUAAAAAAAGGUUUAGUCUUAGUUUUCUCAGUGUAAGUAAUGAUCUUGACAAGUGUGGUGGUGACCCGGUUAUUUCCAGUUGUUCUCCCAAUUCAGGGCCAAUAGAUCGGCCCACAAGAAUUACUGUUGAAGGGAAAAAUCUUGGAAUUGGAAAAUCUGAUAUCUUGUCAUUAAAAGUAGCAGGAUGUGACUGCACGGACACUAUUGAGUUUGAAUCAUCCAGUAGGAUUAUCUGUACAACCCAUUUUUGGAAGGUUUGCAAAGGUGCUGUGGUGAUUGACACCAUAUCAGGAGGUAUUGGAACGCUAAAGGACGGAUUUACAUUCUAUGAGGAACUGGAUGCAAAUGAAAAUAUGAGCAGCAAUCCAUUUGAUAAUGACAUUGACAGUGAGGUGGAUAAAACUGGUAACGACGGUGAUAUUGAAUUCCACCUUGGUGGAAAAGAAAUCAAGUCUGGUUCAAACACUGUUCCGCGUAUUCGCAGCAUUUCGACUGGUGCCCCUGACUCCCCGAUGGUAACUUCCACACCGGCAUCCCAGGGCAGAUACGCGAAGAAGCAUGUGCGCCGGGCCAGUGAGUCGGCCACCAUUGCUAUCAAGCAGACUCCUGUUGAACAUGUGUCCAAAGAAGAACUUCAAGCAAGAAUCCAAGAACUGGAAACUGAAAACGCUGCGCUGACCAAGGACAAUGUAGAGAUGAAGUCCUACAUUGACAAGCUGGUGUCGAAGUGUAUGGUGCACUGUCCGGAAGCACUGGCGCAGGAUGAUGAUGAGAAAUCAAAACUAUUCCUGCUCUGAGAGCGUUCAAACAAGCAGUCGGGACCAACAAUAUAAUUUUGUGGGGGUGAAGAUCUGAUGUGGCCUCUGGAGUUUUCUGAGUGAUGAAAAAAGGGUUGCAUUUUAAAAAAUAACAUAAGAACACAGCACAUUCAUGUAUAAUAGUGUUAUGAAAAAUAUUGAACAUUUAUAAUUGUAUUUAAAUAAUUAAUGCUAAAUUCACUGAAUUUUUUGUAAAGAAAAUUCUUUCUGUGCCAUAACAAACUUAAAAAAGCAAUGACUUCUUUUAGUUAGUUAUAACUUAUAUGUUCAUGGCAGAUGAUUAUUUGAGGGCAUUUGGUUUUUCAGUAUUUCAUGUUUUGACUUCUGAUAGAUAUUGACGGUUGAAAGCAUUAUCCCCCUGAUCUGUUUCACUUUGGAGAUAUUCUUGAAUCUAGAAGGUUCAUCUCCCAUGUUAUGUAAAUGUUUAAGAUAAGCAGCAUUUUGACAUUAUAUUUCCAUUGUUGUGUACCCUGAGUGUUUGAAGAGUCUAUAUUUAUUCGUACAAAGAAAAAAUGAAGGAAUUAAUUCGCUGUUAUGAUAUAAUACUUCUUCCAUUGUUUCAUUGGAGUAAUUAUUUCCUUUUUUGUGUGGUGUGCAAUGUGCUAUUUGUAUGUAUAGUUCAGUGAUAAAUGUUUUUUGAUAUAUAAUAAGUGGCCUUUAUGGCAUGAAAGUCCUUCUGUCUGCCUUGCAUUAUUCCCUAAAAUGGGAGUUAUAUUAUACAAUUAUAUCAUGUAAUAAUUCCUGUUACUUGUUUCAUUGAAACGUGAUAUUGUUAACUUUAUUUUUGUAUUUGAAUGUUGUCUGUUGUAAUUUUGGUGCAAGCAUUCAGGUCUUUGUAAUUGUAAAGGUAUUGCAUUCGUGCAGGUACUAUUAUACCACUGCCAUAGGUAAUCAGUAUAGUGAAGCACAUUGCUUGCAAAGGGCUAACUCUACUAUGUAUAUUUCACUCAUGAAAUUACAUUUUAAAACUGAAAAUUUAUCCUGCAAUGUGCAUGUAUGCUAGAAAAAAAAAGAAACUGCGCAUUAUACUUAAUCUGUGAAAAAUAAUGUCUUGUCAUUUGAUGAUGAUAUAAUGUUUACCUUAUAUACCUGAAGUACGUUAUAUGGUAGUCUAACUGUGAUGCAGAGAGAUGGGAUAAUAAUCAGAUUUAAAAAAAAGAAGAAUAAUUGCCUAUUUAAUAACCUGUAUACUUUUCAUGUAGAGUUUCUUUUUCCACUAGUACAUACAAUAUGUUUUACAAUUCACAUAUACAUUUGCAUUUGAAAAAGGUCACAGAAAAACUAAGGGGGAAUAUAUAUCUUCUUAUGUGAUGUAUUUUGUUUCAAGAUUUUUACGUCUUGAAACUGGUAGUAUCACUUCUCCAGACACAGCAUUAUUUUCUUUAUUACCUUCCUUUAAAUACAGGGCAUGUGUUAUACUAGAAACUUAAAAAACCCAACAUCAAAUUACUUACUGGUAACCAGUAUAUUUUUUUACCUCUUAUGUUCCGGAAGAAAUAUGAUAUGAAGCAUCCUAUGCAACGAUUUUUAGCUGUUAAAACAUUGGUUAAAACUGAUUGUGCCAAACAUUGUUGAGGAAAAAUUCCAGAGAUUUGUUAAUAUUGUUUUGUGUGUGCAACAGCAGCAGACUUGCUCAGUAGUAGACCUGAAAUCCACUUAUGCAAGUAGAGGGUUACCUUCCCAAGCUGAUAUUUAACAUUACAAACUAUCAAAAUAUUGAGCACUGGAUAUUGUUUGUAGUGUUUUAUUCUACCAGUUCUAAAUUAUUUACAUGACUUCAUGUGUAAUGGGGAUUAUUUAAAGCAUGGAGGGUUACAUGUUGUUAUGCACUUGAGUGUAUUCCUUUUUAUGGUUGAUUUAUGCGUGUAGAAUUUGGCCCCCAUAUUUGUUCUUUGGGCAGUAUGAUUGUUGUCUAUGGAUGAUUUUGUGCCAUUAGCACAAUUAUUCCUUGUUUACUGAUAAUGUUAAGAAUAUAUUUGUAAUUACUUCUGUUUGUUAGCACAUUGAGCAUGUCAAUGUUUUCAAGCAUUGAAUUGCAGCAGCAUUAGAACUGCCCCAAUCCACGAUUGUCUGCUAAAUGAUUUAAGUUGCGGAAACACACACAAACCAUCCUUAAUAGGUGUAUACAUAUCAUGUGACUAAACCUCUAAAAAUGAAGUGCCAGACUGCUCUUUAACAAGAAAUAUUUGGGUGUGAUAAUAAAAUGAAGAACUACUUAUGCAAAUGUACCGCAGUGAUACUUAACCUUAUUUCAAACCCUUUUGAAAAUUCUAGUCUGACUGUUGUAGUUGGAGCAGUAUAUCAUAACAUGGCCAUUGUAGCAAAAUUGCAAUGUGAAUGUGUUUUGUUUAGCUGAUGGUCACACGUUUUGCCAAAAAAAAAUACAGACAUUAGUAAGACUUCAAUGAUUGUGGAUUGUUAACACCCAUUUUGCUUUUCGAAGAAUGUUUGAUAAUUGGAAAAUACAAAUAUGUGGUUAGAUCAAGGCCAAACCAAUUAAAAACAAAUAAAACAACACAUUUGUCUUACAGGCAUUUAUGAUGAUUAAUAGCGAGUUGAUUCAUGCAUAUACUGAUAUGGUUGUGUUUGUAUUGUCGCUCAUAAGAACAUGUACAUAUCAUUGUGGCUUUUCCAUCACAUUCAUGUAUAGUAUUAUGCAGGGUUGUUAUCCAUGUACAUCGAGUAUACAGUGUAGCUCUAUCUUACUUUAUCCAUAUGUGUAUCAUGUUAAUACCAUGUAUCGGAAUAUAAAUGUACUUCUGUAUUCCAUUUUUCUGAACAGUUCAUUCCAAGCUAUUGACAUAUCAUCUUUUUUAUAUUCUUGUUAAAUAAUGUGAAAAUACAAUGUAUACCUUGCUUUAUCUUUGUAUAAAACUUCGGAAAUGAUAAUGAUCUGUAUUUUAAGGUGUUCACCCAUUGUUUUUGGGGAUUUUGCAUAUUUAUUUUUUUUAGAUCUUCUUUCUUAAGAAUAUCAAUGAUAUGUAAUAAAAAUAUCAAUGAUAUGUAAUUCUUACCGUCUUGAAACUCAUGAAUAAGCUAUGAAUGUAAAUGCUGUAGUGAUUAAGAUACUGAAUGUGAGGAAAGAUCUUUCCAUAUGUGUGUACAUGAUGGUUAUUGACAUUGAACUAAUAAAAAAUAAAAGAACUAUU